AUGCCUGAUCCGUCCAAAUCAGCUCCUGCACCCAAGAAGGGCUCCAAAAAAGCUGUUACUAAAGCUCAAAAGAAGGAUGGCAAAAAGCGUAAGCGCAGCCGCAAGGAGAGUUAUUCCAUCUACGUGUAUAAGGUGUUGAAGCAAGUGCACCCGGACACCGGUAUCUCUUCCAAGGCCAUGGGCAUCAUGAAUUCGUUCGUGAACGACAUCUUCGAGCGUAUCGCUAGCGAGGCCUCCCGUUUGGCGCACUACAACAAGCGUUCUACCAUCACGUCCCGGGAGGUGCAGACGGCUGUGCGCCUGCUGUUGCCCGGCGAGUUGGCCAAACACGCUGUGUCGGAAGGUACCAAAGCUGUCACCAAAUAUACCAGCUCUAAAUGA